CCAUGGAAAACAAUCUUUUAACUUCUCUACUUGUAUACCUCUUUUGUUCUUAGAGGAUCCAGUUGCAAAGCGGGUAGCAACAUCUCCUCCUUCCAAGGAUGUCCUAGAAGACCAGGCCACCUUGUCACAAACUGACUCCCUUUCGCAAUACAACGAGGAGAUUACCCCAAUUGUAAGUCUUUUUUCUUCAUCCUCAACGGCUACUUUUAACAAGGUAUAUACAUGAUUGCCUUUAGCAUAUUGUCCUACUUAUUUAUAAAAUUUUCAGCUCCUCCUUCCUUGUUGUUUGCUACAUCGUUGAAGCUUAAUUCUUCUUCGUCGAGAUCUCUUUGGCUGUCUUUUUUUCUAAAUCGGCUGCAGAAGAGAUAAUAAAUUACUGGUGAAGAGCCCUAGCUCCAAGAUGUAGAAGACACAAGAUUUCUAUAGUUGUGCACAUGAGAAUAUUUUUUCUAUUGAAGAUUUGCAUCUAGGCAUCGGAAAGUUUCACUCUUUUUGAGUCUUGGGAUGAAGCUCGUAUACAAUUAUGGUGGGAAUUUGAAGCGUGGAUGCACUUUAGAGUGUGUCGGAGGUAACACAUGUGCUCUAAACGAUGUAGAUCGGGAUAAAAUUGGUUAUUUUGAUCUUCUUGAUUGGGCAACAGAUUGUGGAGAUUAUCCUCCUGUUUCUGAGUUGUAUUAUGCAAAAUCUAGAUGUGAUUUGGGUAAAGGGUUGAGUAGAAUAUAUGGUGACAAAGAGACGGUUGGAGAAGAAAAUGGUAAUGCCAUUUGAAUUUUCAUCUACUGGUGCCUCAAACCGUAAUAGAAGAGAUACUAGUCUUCUUGUUGAGAAAAUUCAACAGAACAACAGCCCUAAGAACACUAAAACUAUAUCUACAUUCUGCCCCAUCACAUUUUAUUGAAGAAGAAAUGGUUCAGUCUACAGAAGUUAACAUUUCAGAGGAAGAUUCACACAAUGAAGAGGAAGAAGGGGAUGACAUUGAAGAGUAUACAAGGAUUAUUAAAGGGAAUGCAAUUGAGACAUGUGUUGAGGAUGAGAUAUUGGGGUCUUCUUCAAAGAUUAAUAUGAGAGAUUUAGCAGAGGAGAUGACUGCUGAUGAGGUACUAUUAGGGUGUGACAAUGACACUGAUGAUGAUGAGUGUAGGGAUGCUAGAAGAAAGUUCAAUAAUUGGCAUGACAAAGAAAAUGCAAAAGUGGAUGGAAUUGUUAAGCUCAUAAUACAAACUCCAAAUCCAACCUUGGGAGGAGGUAGUACAGAACCUUGGGAUGUUGUAUCAGAGUAUGAAGAUUCUAAUGUGUAUGCUAACACCCCAGGAGAGAGUGAGGAAGAUGACAUUCGUGGAAAAGAGUCAGCACCCAUUAUUGAUGAACACACUGAUUUUUCAAAAUUAGUUUGGCAACUAGGAAUGAGGUUUCCUAAUAGGGAAUUGUUUAGGGAUGCAGUGUGAAGGUAUUGAAUAUUUCAAGGGAGAAACCUUGUGUUUAAUGCAACAGAAAUAGAAAUAAAAGGUUGGGUGCAAGAUGUAUUCAAGGAUGUCCAUUUAAAAUAGUACGUUCUUGGCAUUCCAGAAAAGGUGGGUUUGUGGUGAAAAGAGUGAAAAUCAGGCAUACUUGUUAUAGAGACAUGAAAAAUAAUAGCCAACUUGGUUCUAAAUGGAUUACAAAAGAAUUCUUGGAUGUUUUUAAGGCCAAACCCCAUUGGCCUGCAAAAGAAAUUCAGGAUGUUUUU